AUGUCACCUCACCAUGAAAACGGGUCAAAUACCCUUCCUCGGGGUUUCCGCUUUCAUCAUCUUGAAGGAGAUCAGCCAACUACACCCGAACCCUUCAACCUUGUUGGAUCGGAGGGUCCACCUUCUCCACCCCGUCCAAAUCGUUUAAAGGUCAGACGACGAAAUGUGUCUAACUUGCAAGCACCAACUGAACAUUUUCUCGCUUCUGUUGCAGCUGCAGAUAUCCCUAUCCCUACAAUCGAGGAGCCACAAAUAGCUCCCCACGUAUCGUCAGAUUGCGAUAUGCCAGACCGAGACCCACUUUCCAUCAGUACAUCUUUCUUGGCCCCGCAUACAUACCAUACAAGAUCCUCAUCUCCUCCGAAAACUCCAAUACCUACUUUAGCCAUGGAAGAAACAAACCCUCAACGUCCUGAUUGGAGAAUGGGUCUCUCGUCGCCAAGUGAGCUUGAUAUCGAACGACCAACAUCUGCCGCAUCGUUACGCUCUGAAGAUUCAUUUUAUAGUGAAGGCCGUCUUUCAAGGUAUUCUGAAGACGGUAGUUGUACAAGUCCCGAGUCCGAUUGCGCCGAUCCAUUCUCAUUUCCAUCAUAUUCGAAAGCCAAGGGCAAGAAGCUACACACCGAAGCCACCAAACCUGAUGAUGACACCGUUCUCAACGCAAACCGUCGUCACAAGACCCGAAAGGAUGCACCGUGGACUUCAGCAAUGAGUUCUCAUCUGUGGUCGGUCUAUCUCCUCUACCUCCAAGAUCCAGUCGUGACGCCUUUUCGAAUUGGAGCUUGCGCUGUGCCCCCAGAAGGUGUAUGCCAUCGCGUUGCUCGACAAGCAAAAAAGAGUUGGAAGGGACCCAAAGGAAUUCACAGUGCCAAAACUUUCAAUCAUACAUCACGUGCGGCGCCUUCUGAACUCGGCCAGCUUGCAAUCCCAAUGGAAGAUCGUCAACGAACAUACACACAGUGGCCCCACACAAGCUCAGCUACUCGAGCACAUCUUCGCGAACUUUGCAAGACAAAAGAUACUAGUGCAGUUCAACGACAUAUGCACCUUCAAUCUAGAAAUUCUACUCCUUUUACACAACAUAAUCCUCGUUCGCGAUUCAGAACUCCUGAGCCACAAGUUCCCGUUCCAAAGUCUUUCAAUACUAAAGAAAUCUCAAUGUCGUUAACGACAAGUACAUCGGAAACCAUGCAACCAAAUGGACCUUUAGCUCAACUAGCGCUUUCUCAAGAAUCCUCCAUUACUAGGCCGCGUGGAUCAAUGUGUCAACCUAGGGGCUGGGUGAGAUCUCGUACCACAAAUCUAAGCUUGGAUGACUCGAGAACUCGAAGUCUCGGGUCACCAUUCAUGGCUCGGACGUAUGGACCUAGUUCGACUGUGGACGGGGCAUUCGAUGAACCUCAGCCUUCAGCUUUUCGCGUCCAUUCUGAUACGAUGUCAGGUCCAGGGCCUGCACCUCGUCUUAGAUCACCUCUUCACUUUGAUCCUCCUCGUCCUUCAAACAACAAGGAGCAUAAAAGGCGGGUUCAAAAUCAUUUCGAAAAUCUAAAUUCAGGUGGAGCUAUGUUGAAGCCAAAUAGCAUGAACGAGCAGAUAUAUGGUAUGCCUCUCUCGGGAAACCAACAACGACGAGUACGAACUAGAGCAUUUACCAUCGGUGAUGAUCUCUUUAGAAAUCGCAUGCCAGGAUUGUUUCAACCUCUUCCAAUCGGACCAGAAAAGACGGGUCUUGUUCCCGAUAUUAGUCCGUCGCCAAGAUCCCAGCCAAGGUUACUUCCAUCGGCCACAUUCGAUGCUCCACGUUUACGAUCGCCUUUUAUGGAGAAACCGAGCAAUACGUUUCCAAGAAGAACCACCCAUCAUCAAAAGACACCUGUUCGACAAUCUGGAAUAGUGACUAUGCAUAAACCACGUCACUCGAUAGAUUCUUCUGAUUUUGAUUGA